AGGAAUUCACAUCAUUUGUUCGAACACCAGAUUCGUCUGGAUUAAAGAAAAUCAAAAUUGGCAAAUAUUGAAGAAUUCCAGCAACAGGACACCAACAAUAACGGCGUCAUGUGGGACUCCUCGUCGAUGUUCCUUAGUACUUUGACGCCAAAAUUUUAUGUCGCAUUAACGGGGACUUCCAGUCUAAUAUCUGGCCUUAUCUUGAUAUUUGAAUGGUGGUAUUUUCGUAAAUAUGGCACAUCCUUUAUAGAACAAGUUUCCAUAAACCACAUCAGUCCAUGGAUUAAUGGCAGCGAUUCCAAUUCCGAAUCAAGUGGCAAUGGCAGCAGUGGUAACGGCAGUUCCAGCAAUGGUGGAACUUCUACCAAUGGUAUUAAUGGAAGUGCUGGUAAUGGCACUACUUCAGGCAGUGGCCAACAAAUGCCCGAAUGUAAGGUAUGGCGCAAUCCGUUGAAUUUGUUUCGUGGAGCCGAAUAUCAGCGUUUCUUCUGGGCCACAAGCAAAGAACCUCUCACUUACUAUGAUAUGAAUUUAUCGGCACAAGAUCAUCAAACCUUCUUUACAUGUGAGGGUGAUGCCCGCAAAGAAGAAUAUGAAAUAAUGCAAACAGCAUGGCGUGAACGCAAUCCGGUGCAGCGUAUCAAAUCAGCUCACAAUGCAAUCGAAAUUAAUCCAGAUUGUGCUCCUGCUUAUAUCCUUUUAGCCGAGGAAGAAGCUACAACCAUUGUGGAAGCAGAACGAAUUUUACGCACAGCUCUAAAGGUGGCCGAACAAAAUUAUCGCAAAUCACAAGCCACACAACAUCAGGGAUCCAUCGCCGAGGGCAUACAUCGUCGUGAUACAAAUGUACUAAUCUAUAUAAGGCGAAGAUUGGCCAUGUGUGCCCGCAAAUUGGGCAAGCUCAAGGAAGCUGCUAAAAUGUUUCGUGAUCUAACAAAAGAAAUUCCUUCAAUUAUGAAUGUUUUAAACAUCCACGAGAAUCUCAUUGAAACUUUACUGGAGAUGCAGGCGUAUGCUGAUUGCCAAGCAGUUUUAGCCAAAUACGAUGACAUUUCCUUGCCCAAGUCGGCUACUAUUUGCUAUACAGCGGCAUUGCUAAAGGCUAGAGCAGUUGCUGACAAAUUUUCGCCCGACAUAGCCUCGAAACGGGGUCUCAGCCCGGCCGAAAUGUGUGCAGUGGAGGCCAUCCAUAGAGCUGUGGAAUUUAAUCCGCAUGUGCCGAAGUAUUUGCUAGAAACAAAGCCACUCAUUCUGCCUCCGGAGCAUAUCUUAAAGCGUGGAGAUUCAGAAGCCUUGGCCUAUGCUUUCUUUCACCUGAAACACUGGAAAAAUAUUGAGGGCGCAUUGAACUUGCUGCACUGCACCUGGGAGGGUACAUUCCGUAUGUUGCCGUAUCCUUUGGAACGAGGCCAUCUAUUCUAUCCAUAUCCCACAUGUACAGAAUGUGCUGAUCGCGAGCUGUUGCCGGCAUUCCAUGAAGUUUCCGUCUACCCCAAAAAGGAAUUGCCCUUCUUCAUACUGUUCACAGCGGGGCUGUGUUCCUUUACGGCAUUGUUGGCUCUCUUGACACAUCAAUAUCCUGAACCAAUGGGUUUGUUGGCGCAAACUGUACUUACCUGGAUAUCGUAUCCAUUUCAAUUGCUCAAGGAACGUAUUGAAGCAUUUUGGCCUUGCAACCUCUUGCAGCAUAUAUCAAGAGUCUAAGAACACCAUACAAGCCCGUUUCCUUCUAACCGAAAAGCACAUAACAACCCGAAACGCCGUAUUCAUGUACAUCACCGAAAAGAAAUCCACAAUUAAUGCUCUGUGUUGUCACACAUACGCACGCAACAACCAGCACAUUUGUUCUCGCACAAAAUCUUGUUGCAAAAUGCUGGCACGUCUACAAUAUUGGUAGAAGUCGGUUGUUUCAGCUACGUUUUAUUCUAAUUCAGUUAUUAUUUACCGUUAUUAGUUAUUCUCUUUAAGGCU